AUGUACAAGGUACUGGUAGUCGUAUAUCUGGCCGGAGUUGCCUUGGCGCAGUACGGUCACCAUGGCCACGAAGACCACCACGAGAAGGAUGAAGAGCACUACGUUGAUUAUUACGCCCACCCGAAGUACAAGUUCGACUACAGUGUCCAUGACCCCCACACCCACGACGUCAAGAAGCAAGAGGAGUCUAGAGAUGGCGACUUGGUCAAGGGCUACUACUCCCUCUACGAACCAGAUGGUACCGAGAGGAUCGUCCACUACACCGCAGACAAGCACAAUGGAUUCAACGCCGUCGUAGAGAGGAAAGGACACGCUGUCCACCCUCAGCACUAUGGACACUCUUCUGAGUCCUACUUCAAACACCAUCAUGAACAACAUGGUCAUUCCGAAAGUUCUGGAGGAUCUGAAGGUUCACAUUACCACCACGGUUCUGCAUCGUCUUCAUCCUCACACUCAAGUCAUCACUAUUAG